AUGGGGUUGGAUGGAUUGAAACACUUACAGGAGUUGUAUUUGGAUUAUUCAUUCAUUGACAAGAUCUUUCUUCAUAAUGUUGGAGUAAUGUCCUCCUUAAGGGUGCUGACAUUGUGGAAUAUUAACCUUAAUGGAACCCUACCUAACCAAGGUUGGUGUGAACUUUCUAACCUCCAAGAGUUAGAUCUCAGUGAGAAUGGUUUUAAUGGAAUGCUUCCCUCAUGUUUAGAAGACUUAACAUCAAUUCGAAUAUUGGACCUCUCUUUUAAUCAGUUCAUUGGAAAUCUUACUUCAUCUCCCCUUAGCAAUCUCACAGCACUUGAAUAUCUUAUCCUUUCAUACAACCAUUUUGAAUCCCAGUCUCAUUUAUUUCAUUUUGUAACCAUUCAAAGCUUAAGUAACAACCACAUGUCUGGAAAGCUUCCAAGAUGGAUGGGGAACAUGUCUGAUCUAAUGGGAAUUUCUAUGUUCUCAAAUCACUUUGAAGGUCCUAUUCCAGUAGAGUUUUGCAAACUUGGUAAUCUUGAGUUCUUAGACCUUUCGGUGAAUAACUUGUCUGGUUCUAUACCGUCUUGCUUCAACCAAUCAACAGUAAAACAUGUCCACUUGAACCGAAACCAGUUGAGCGGCCUAAUGGCGCAUACAGCUUUGGUGACAUUAGAUCUGAGUGAUAACCACCUAACUGGUACCAUUCCCAGUUGGAUUGGAAGCCUUCAUGUGUUGAGCAUUCUUCCCCUAAAAUUUAAUAAUUUUGAAGGUGAAAUUCCAAGUCAGUUAUGCCAGUUGAAACAAUUAAGCAUAUUGGACCUUUCUGAAAAUAACUUUUCUGGUUCCAUACCUCUUAGUUUUUGUGAAAUACCUUUUGAGACAACGCACGAAAAAUCUUCUCUAGAAAUUAUAGCUAUGGCAGGUAUGGCAAUGGUUGCAUUGUGGAGCUUUGUCGAUGGGUCAAAGUCAAUAGGAGACCAUUAUCAGAUGGAUGCUGUAAAUGGAUUUGGAAGUAUUACCUUUCCCUCUUUGGAUGUCCAACAAAAAGUGGAGUUCACAACAAAGUAUGAAUCCUAUGCAUAUAAAGGCAAUAUUUUGGACUACAUGUCUAGAGUUGAUCUCUCUCGUAACCACUUAAUACGGAAAUCCCAUUGGAAAUGGGAAACUUGA